AUGUCUGGACGUGGUAAGACCGGAGGAAAGGCCAGAGCAAAGGCCAAGACCCGCUCCUCUCGUGCUGGACUCCAGUUCCCCGUCGGCCGUGUCCACAGGCUGCUGAGGAAGGGCAACUACGCCGAGCGUGUCGGUGCCGGAGCUCCCGUCUACCUGGCGGCGGUGCUCGAGUACCUGACCGCUGAGAUCCUGGAGCUGGCCGGAAACGCCGCCCGCGACAACAAGAAGACCAGGAUCAUCCCCCGCCACCUGCAGCUGGCUGUCCGCAACGACGAGGAGCUCAACAAGCUGCUCGGCGGAGUCACCAUCGCUCAGGGCGGCGUGCUGCCCAACAUCCAGGCGGUGCUGCUGCCCAAGAAGACCGAGAAGCCCGCCAAGAAGUAAACGGGAACUCUCUUCUCUAAACACAACGGCUCUUUUAAGAGCCACACACUCUUUCUGAGAGAUCAAACAUCUUCCU